GAGCUCUGUGUCGUCUCCGGCAGAAGGGCAGAAGGUAAAGUGGAUGAGUUGCAAGAAAACACCACACCAGGACUUGCAGGGAACCAAAGCCUGAAGAAGCAGCCAGAGGUUUCUCACCUGCAGCGGUUGGCAGAGACCAAGGCGGCGUUUCAUCCAUGGGGCACAAAUUCUCGGAGAAAGUGUCCUCGUUCCUUUUCGAAUAUGACACGCCACGGAUGGUUUUGGUGCGGAACAAGAAGGUGGGGCUCACCUUCAGGCUGAUACAGCUGGUGGUCCUUGCCUACAUCAUUGGGUGGGUUUUCCUUUAUGAGAAAGGCUACCAGUCCAGGGAUGGCAUCAUCAGCUCUGUCUCAGUGAAGCUCAAAGGAUUAACCCUGACAAAUACCAGUGAGAUCGGCCCACACAUAUGGGACGUGGCUGAUUAUGUUUUCCCUCCUCAGGGCGACAGUUCCUUUGUGGUUAUGACCAACUUCAUUAUUACCCGUGGACAGAAGCAGGAAACGUGCCCUGAGCACCCCGAAGCAGGGAAAUGUGACCAAGACAGCGAAUGCACUGCCGGAAAGUUCCUUCGUCAGGGCCAAGGUAUCAUGACUGGGAAGUGUGUGAAUUUUAGCCACACAGAGAAAACCUGCGAGAUCUUUGGGUGGUGUCCAGUGGAGAUCGAUGACAAAGUUCCUAACCCCCCUCUGCUUCUGGCGGCUGAAAACUUCACCUUGUUUAUCAAGAACAGUAUCACCUUCCCCAGGUUCAAAGUCGCCAGACGUAACCUUGUGGAGGGAGUCACUGAGCCCUUUCUCAAGAACUGCACCUACCACAAAGACAGGGAACCCCUGUGUCCUGUGUUUGAGCUGGGGUACGUGGUGGAGGAAUCCGGGCAGAAGUUUUCCGUUCUCGCCCUUAAGGGGGGCGUCGUUGGCAUCACCAUCUCCUGGGACUGUGACCUCGACUGGCCUGUGAGGCACUGUGUGCCCGUUUAUCGGUUCCAUGGGCUUUACAAUGACGACAACAACAAGCUCUCUCCAGGGUUCAACUUCAGGUACGCCAAAUAUUACAAAGAAAAUGGAAGAGACCUAAGAACCCUGUACAAGGUGUUUGGCAUCCGAUUUGACAUUCUGGUGAACGGGAAGGCAGGAAAAUUUGACAUUAUUCCAACGAUGACAACCAUAGGCUCCGGGAUUGGCAUCUUUGGAGUGGCCUCUGUACUUUGUGAUCUCCUUCUGCUCAACUUCCUAUCCAACCGGGACUACUACAAGCAGAAGAAGUUCAAGUAUGCAGAACAGGAUUCCAUCAAACCUGAAAAAGAAGACGCCGUCAUGUGCGACUUACACGGGAAGGAAAAGGCUGUUCAAUGAAAUUGAUCCACUCACCAAGCACAUGCCCCGCCUCCUCUUCCUUCUCCUUGAAUACGUGGCUGUCGACCUGAGAGAUUUAUCCACCUACCCCUUCCUGCUGAACCCCGGGAGCACGGGACUCGCCUCCCUUCUAUGGCUUGGAGAGGCUGUUUUAUAGACUCCCCCAAUAUUCUCAGUGCAGAGAACACUGAGAGGACAUGGUUUUAAGAGUCACUUGAUGUGGACACUGGAACACUAUAAAAAAAGACAAGAUGCAAGCUGUCUGGGGAGGAUUUGAGACAGCCUCUGGGACUCUCGACUGGGGAUGGUGCAGAAGCCGAGGACGUAUGUCGAAGAGACAGGGAAACACAGCAACGGUCCUUCUUGGAGUUACACUAUAGAUGCAGCCAAAUUGCACGUAGUUUCUUUUGGAAGUUAGGGAACCAGUAAUGUCAAACUAGCCUAGGGAUGUGGGGUCGAUUCCACUUGCAUUUAAAGAUGAACUUUCCUAGUAACAACGAAACAAGAUGCAGACUUAAACACAGCUGUCCUUUGAAAUUCACAAUUUUGUGAUGCAGUUCUCUUAUUCUCAUUUUUCCCCAUCUUAGGUUCAGUUGUCCACAUUUCCACAUCAGUUUGCAAUUAUAUAUAUUUUAAGAAGUCCUUGUGAAAAUGCACCAGCAUUUUAGUGCAAAUUCUCAUGUACACUUUUUUGCUUUUAAAAAAACAACAUUUUAUUGGUUUUCUUUGAUGUAUAGCAAAAUAUAACUAGUCAACUAAACUUAAUUGUAACACACACACACAUCCAGUCUUGCCAGCUACUGGGUAAGUAUUCAAUCCUUAAUAAUAUUCAUGUCUUUUUUUAGUUUUUCUACAAAAUUUCUCCUGCAUCACACAUUUUUGCAUGCAAAGCAUAUUUUGCCAAACACGGUGCAUUUUUGGUUUGCUAUUUUCACCAGCAUAUGCAUUUCUAUGAAAACUUUACCUGUGUACGAUUUUUUUGCACACACUGCUUGACUGAAAGAACAGAUUUGCAAAAUUCAGAGAAGUGCGAAUUUUGAAGGAUGGCUGUGUCUCUCAGUUCACAAAGUGUGAAUUGCAUAGAUUCAUGUUUACGUGUGAACCGAAGCAAAAUUCUCCUCCAUUCCUACAAAGCUGAUAACAAGGACUUGCACCUGGGCUGGCCUUAUGCUGACCCUCUGCAGCCGAGAAAUGUGUGGUUCUUUGGCAAUGCCCAAAGUCCUUAGAGAUGGUGGUUCUAUGUGAGCACCUCAUCUUUGCCAAUGGCAUCAAACACUCCCAAGGCUGCCAGUGACUCUGAAUGGGCCCCUUACUUAAUGGCACAGCUCAGUGGUUUAGACACACACACACACACACACACACACCCCACUGCCAUGCUUUUCAGUCAACAGCUGUUCCUGCUGCAUGAAUCCCAGGGAAGGUGGGUUGCAGAGGCCUGUUUUGAAAUAAUAUAUUUUUUAUUUUUAAAAAAAGAGAAAUAAAGACCUUUAGUUUUGGUACUACCUCAAAUUUCUUUGCUCCG